CGGAGUGCGCAGGCGCACUGAGCCGACAGUUGAAACAUCCGCCAAGAUGGCUGCCCCUCCCUCUCCUUACUUCCUUUCCUCCGGCCGCGACCCCGUCUGAUAGCUCUGGGUUUGUUGUCCUGGCAACCGCGCGGAGUUGGUCUGUGCCUGGACCAAGGCCUCCGCCCGGCCCGCACUCCGGCUGCGGCGGCUCUGCUGGUCCAUCUCUCUUGCCAUUCAGAGACCUCCCCCUCCCGGCCUCGCUGGUGUUGGCCCCUGAGAGGCAGGCCCGGCUCCUCUGGGCGGCAGCCCCUUGCUGGGAAGAGGGAGAAGGCCCUUGAGCCGUGGCCCGCGCGGGGGGAGCCAUAUCAUUGCAUCCGUGUCAGGAAAAAAGGCGGGGUGCAAAUAAAUAUAUGAGAAUAAUUGCACGCAAAUGUGUGGCUCUGUGGACACGAGUAGGGAGCCGACAGUAGUGACCGGCUGCUGGUCCCUUUAAAGGGACAGCGCUGCCCCCAUUUUUAGGAGGGGUGCUCUAUAUGUUGCUACCUGCUGCCUAAGGGGGCAGCCCAGGCUCAGAGCAGGAGCUAUGAUUUCUCUUGGGUCCGUCCCGGGUGCUGAAGCAGCGGCAGCUGCUGCCUCCCAUGGAGUCGCUGGUCCAAGGAGCUGGAGAAAAAGCCGUUGGGGGCCACGCAACUUCAGCGUGGAGGACCUGCGGACUUGGAGGAGAGAGCGCGAGUCAGGUUUGUGUGUGACUUCCUUCUGCAGCUUUAUUGGGACGAGAGAGAGUUGCAUAUUACUUUGCUCUGUGUCGCAGUCUCAUAAGUAACAUUUGACAAGCUCUUUUUGCUCCUUUGUUUUGCUCCUUGUAUUGCGCCAGUUUGAUAACAAUGUGCUGCUUUGUUUGCAGCUCUACGGAGUGCGCGGAGGCAUCAGCAGUUGAUCAGCAAGCGGCUUUUAUGUGAGGACACCUUGAUGGAUGAAGGUCAGGUUGGAACAGACAGUGGGCCAGCAGCUCCUCUCUCUGAAGAAGAGGUAGGAAGAUCGUCCAUUUUUUGAAGUUGAUUGGGUCUUAAAGGUAAAGGGACCCCUGACCAUUAUGUCCAGUCGUGACCGACUCUGGGAUUGUGGUGCUCAUCUAGCUUUAUUGGCCGAGGGAGAUGGCGUACAGCUUCUGGGUCAUGUGGCCAGCAUGACUAAGCCGCUUCUGGCGAACCAGAGCAGCACAUGGAAACGUCGUUUACCUUCUCGCUGGAGCGGUACCUAUUUAUCUACUUGCACUUUGACGUGCUUUCGAACUGCUAGGUUGGCAGGAGCAGGGACCCAGCAACGGGAGCUCACCACGUCGUGGGGAUUCGAACUGCCGACCUUCUGAUCGGCAAGUCCUAGGCUCUGUGGUUUAACCCACAGCGCUGCCCGGUCUUAGAUAUUAAUAAAUGCAGUGCAUUUAGUCACACAACCCUUUGAUUUGUUAAGAGAUAACUGAUAUUUUUGAUUUAUAGCUAGCUUAUGAUCACAGUAUAUGAAAGUGCCAUGUAAGUGGUACAACGUCCAAGUAAUAUUUCAAGUUGAUGUCCUUUUUCUUUCAAAAGAGAUGUUAAAUAGUUAAAUUUCAUAGCCCACCUCACCCUGGUCUAUGAGACUCCAGGAUUGUUUCAGCCCUUCAUACCACAGAGGUGGACAGCAGCAAGAGGCUUCCACCUAAGAUUUGCUUUCUCUUCAAGUUCUGUCACUGAUUCAGUCUUGCUCACUAGCAGAUUUCACAGCUGCUGAAAAACAUCCAAAGAGGAAAAGAAGACAGGGCAACAUCUCUGCGUCUCCUUCGACAAGGACUACAGCACAGAGAAAACCAGCAGAAAUUCAUCAGGUUAGUUAAUGUGAACUUGACCUGCUGACGCCUGUUCUGGGGGGUGCUGCUUGUCUGUGUUGAAGUAAAUGGAACUAUUUAGGUGCAGAACACCAUCUUACCUUGUGCAGAAACAACCCAACUUAAGUGGAGAGAGGUCCAACUUCCUUGUUAGCUGGAUUUCUAUUAGAUGUCCAUGACCUUGAACGUGUGGCAGCUCCAGAGAUUAAAUGAGCACCCCAGAAGAAGAGAGGCACUCUUUAGUGCACAGAAAUGCUCUCCUUUUCUUCAUCCAACAGGGUGUUGAAUGCUAGUCUGUUACAGUUUCUGUCCUCCCUGCUGUUUUCUGGGUUGAGAAGAGGGCUGAGUACACAAGCCUCCCAAGGACAAACUUUCUUUGGCUGUGGCUGGUGUGUGCACAACCUCCUGUUUUUUAAAGACAGACUCUAACUUUGAAUUGAUAACCUGAACUAACUUGUGGGGGUUUGGUGUGGGAAGAAUGGGUAGACUUUAUAUUCUGUUCCAAUCUGGGUUAAAUAAACUUUCCAAUGUUCUAUUCCAGUUUCCGUUGGGUGGGAAAUAAGUUGUCAAGUUGUUUAGGUUUGUUAAGUGCCAUUCAGUUGGAAUUCGUCUGAUUUCCUGGGCCAUGCAGAUGAACAGUAAUAUCCCAUGGGAUAUUUUUUGAUGAGUGGCUGUGUCAAUGUAAAAGAUAAAUAUAAUGAUAAUACAGUGGUGCCUCGCAAGACGAAAAGAAUCCGUUCCGCGAGUCUCUUCGUCUUGCGGUUUUUUCGUCUUGCGAAGCAAGCCCAUUAGCGGUUUAGUGGAUUAGCGCUAUUAGCGGCUUAGCGGGCUUAGCGGAUCAGCUGAUAAGCGGCUUAGCGGAUCAGCUGAUAAGCGGUUUAGCGGCUUAACGGAUCAGCUGUUAAGCGGCUUAGCGGAUCAGCUGAUAAGCGGCUUAGUGAUCAGCUGUUAAGCGGCUUAGCGAUCAGCUGUUAAGCGGCUUAGCGGAUCAGCUGAUAAGCGGCUUAGUGGCUUAACGGAUCAGCUGUUAAGCGGCUUAGCGGAUCAGCUGAUAAGCGGCUUAGCGGCUUGGGAAAAAGGGGGGGGAGGGAAAAACCCCCGCAGGAACUCGCAAGACAUUUUCGUAUUGCGAAGCAAGCCCAUAGGAAAUUCGUUUUGCGAAGCACCUCCAAAACGGAAAACCCUUUCAUCUAGCGGGUUUUCCGUCUUGCGAGGCAUUCGUCUUGCGGGGCACCACUGUAAUGAUAGUAGGAGCAAUAGUGACAACUGCUACGCUAUUGUGAUAGCUCCAACUUCACACUUACUUUCCUUCAGUAGAACAGAUAAGUAAAAAGAGUAUGUGAUUCUGGCAGAGGACUGCAUAAAGAUGGUGUUUUAAUUUUGUAGGCUGGAGGGCAGUAUGCGUGUGCUGAUUGGUCUCUUCACUGGCAAUCUGGCAGAUCUGCAGAUGGAUGCAGCUCGCUGUUUACAUGAACUCUCCCAUUCCAGUGACCCUGAUGUGGUUGAGGCGUGUUUGCCAGCAACCUCCUACCUCUUGACAUACCUCUCUGGACACAGUGUAGCCCUUAUGGUAAGAUCCAGGCUGGCGGUACUUGGCUGUUCCAGCUUCUGGCAAGGCAAGUGAAGUGUGACCUUUUGCCUACACCAGGCUCCACGUUACAGAGUAUGAAAAUUAUCCUCUCCAGCAUACUCUUUAUUUUUUGAGUUUAAAAGGUGGCUCAAGAUGGAACAAAGUACAUUGCUAUUGACUUCAACUUAAUUGGGUUUUAUCUGAUAAAAUAGGCCCUUUUGCACAUUUGAAGCAAAUGUGCCCCAGUGUAGGCCACUAGGUACCAGAAAAGUGUGGAUUAAAGGUCUGAAGAACAUGGGAGAGGUAAAUGUGAAGACUAGAGAAAGUUGCGGCUGCCUGGGCCUUUUGCAGUGACAUGAAUUUGGCUGCAAGUACAUCCUGGAGUGAGGGAGUGAUUGUAGUCCGGCUAUAGUUGGAAGAAUCAUUGUAAGGUUCAUUGGAUAGGAGGUCUCCCAUUGAGGGGUGGUAGCAAAGGCUCACAUGGAUGCUGACCUCUGACAACUGGUGUAAAGUUACUGAUCACAUUGAUAUUAUUUUCAGAAGUAUAUGUUUCCAUUGCCUGUAUUUCUUCUCGCUGCUUGAGCUGUUACAUCUCUGCAUCCCCAAAUCUUCUCAGCUACUCUCCACUCCAGUGGAAAUGUUUUCUGUCCCUAGAGUUGUUUGCAGGUAUUGUAGCAUUGUGCAAGAAGUUGCAGUUAUAGAAUGGUGAAUAUGGAGCAUGUUCCUCCCUGCUGUAUUUCAGGAGCUGUGUUUGUACACAUUGGGGAACUUGGUGGUUGAGAUGACGGCUGUGAAGAAACAACUUCUACCUCAGGGCAUUAUCCCAGUAUUGGCAUCCUGCAUCCAGGUAAGUGGGAAACAGCCCAGACAUUCUGAAUGCCAGCUGCGUACAAGCCUUGUCGAAUCAAAGAGUGCAUUUGAGUCAUGCACUAUCCAUUUACCACUGUUAGAAUAAGUAGAAUCCCUCGACUGCAUACACAACACAGAGACUGAGGAUUCUGUACCCUGCUGCCCAGAACUGAAUGAUUUAUUCUGGCCUAUUUCAUUUGAUUAUACAAUAACCCGUGAAGGCAAUUAAUAAGAUGUUCUCAAAGAGCAGCUUGCUGUUCUUAGCAUCGUUAAGCUUUUUGCUUAUAUUUUUAACUUCCUGAGAAAUGUCUGAAGGAAUACAGCAGUUAAUCAGCACCCUCCACCCCUGCAACCACGUAUGUGUUUCCACAGGGUACAUAACACACUGAGGCCUUUUACUCUGAACCAGUGGAUGGUGAUUGUUGUACUCUGAUUUCAGUCCCCUCAUGUGGUGGUGCAGGAAGGUGUUGGCUAUGUUCUGUCACAGCUCUUGCAGUCUAAGGAAGCUCCAGCUGAAAUCAUACCGUAAGUGGAAUCUCUUCAUUUCAGAAUUUGACGUGUAUCUGUGUGUGUCUGUGCAUGACAUAGCCAGCUUCCUUCUUGGUUACUCCAAACCCUUAAAAAAAGUAUAUGUGCACAUGAGGCACCAAUCUCGGUGUCACUCAUUUACCAACUUAUUUUUUAUUUAUUUUAUUAGUUGCAUUUAUAUAUCUCCUUUGUCUUCCAAAGAGCUUGAGGUGGUGUACAUGGUUCUCCUCCUGCCCAUUUCAACCCUGAUGGUGACUGGCUCAAGGUGGGCUUCAUGGCUGAGUGGGGAUUCAAACCCUGGUCUCCCGUAUGCUGGCAGCAGAAGUGAAUCAACCAGCUCCACAAAUAAACUUUCUAUGGGGACAUACUUUAGCUAUAAUCUUAGUCUUUAACAUUAAUGGAAUGAUCUGGCUUUUAAAACCCUGAAGAUUUCUUUUGCCACACCAACAUCUUUCUCAUUGGAGUUUGUGUGGUGUUAACCAUUUUAGGCAAUGGACCUUGUCUAUGCCCUGUGAAAUUUCUUCCUUUAUUUUAUGAUGUCUUUCAUAUCCUUACUUUACAGUUAGAUUAAUAGAAACUGUCACUUUUAUUUAUAUCAAUGUUGCAAGAAGAUCAACCUACAAAUUAUACUGUAUUUUGAUAUGAAGUAUCAAGUGUUAUCAUGUUAAUCUUGGUACCUUGUCCUGUUCAAAAUACUGUACCCUUUUAACAUUCUAAGUUCUGCAUGUUAAUUAAGCAAGUAGAUAAUAAGCUGCACCUUUGGUUUCUGAAAUGCUGAAGUUUUGGGGAGGCUGGGAGGGAGGGAGGAAAUCAUGUGGCUUGGGGAGAGGCGGACGUAUUGUUAAAAGGCCAUGUCUGAUGCCCAUGUCCUGACAGUGGAGCUGUUGGGGGAGUUUCAUGUGUAUCUUCCUCAACCCUUCACUAGAACAGAUAUAUUUAAAAAAUCAGGUGGUGGGUUUUUUUGGUCAAAUAUAUCUAUGCAAUGGUAGAUGACAUGUAUCUUGUCCUUAAAACUACAGUGGUACCUCAGGUUACAUACGCUUCAGGUUACACACUCCCCUAACCCAGAAACAGUGCUUCAGGUUAAGAACUUUGCUUCAGGAUAAGAACAGAAAUCGGGCUCCGGCGGCGCGGCAGUAGCAGCAGGAGGCCCCAUUAGCUAAAGUGGUGCUUCAGGUUAAGAACAGUUUCAGGUUAAGAACGGACCUCCGGAACGAAUUAAGUACUUAACCUGAGGUACCACUGUAUACAGAAAGGCAUGUGUAAAGCUACCAAAAGCAAUAUCUCACCUCCAACUACUAUCACUCUCUGCCUCUGGGAUAGUUGACAUGGUUCCCCUAAUAACUAAACAGAGUAUUUUUUUUCUUCUGCCCCCAGCUUGGUCCUAAAUUCCACCCUCCCCAAAGACAUGCUUCACUUGGUUUGUUCCAACCUGGAAGAAGGAAUAGGAGCUGCAGUGGAAUUUGCAUGGGGUCUUCACUACAUUAUUUGUAGGUAAAUGUUUCUGUGGUACAUAGGAGGUCCUAAGUAGUGGGUUAGGAUUCUUGAGUGAGACACGGAGGUGGGUUGUCUGUGCAUGUUCGUAGUGCACAUUGGGAACAAAGAUGCAAAGGGCAUGGGCCUGACUUCCAGUUUAGGGACGCUUGCACAAAUAUUUGCUCUGUAAACAAACUACAUUUCCCACCUCCCACCCUUUUGCUGAGGAAAUAUGAAUAGAAAAUGUUGGCUCUUUAAUGGCAGAUCAUUUUUAUCCAUGCCAGUCAUCUUGAUAAGUGGGCAGUAUCCUUUGGUUCUAAAUCCUGCUGGUCCCCUGAAGCUGUCAAGUGAGGUUCACCUGAAAAUGGCCUAAGACCCACUGAGCUAACCCCUUCCUGUAAAGCCAGGGUGAUGAGUGAGACAAUAUAGCAAGGUCACAAAGUCUAACUCAGUUUUUCAUGGCUACUGUUGCCUGCACCUUACAACCAUUUCUAACAUCCCAUUCCCCCCACUUUCAACUUUGCAUAUUCAAAAACUGAUUUCACUUGAACAAUGAGCAGACUGAAUAGGAGAAAAGCCUUUUAAUGGGUUGGAUAGAGGUGGGACUCUACCUAGUCCUACUGAAGUGGGAUAGCUUAGCUGUCCUUUAUUUUCCUUUCUGUAGCCGGGUGAACAACUCACUGCUGAUCUCUCAAAGGACUGUGCCAUCCCUUGUGCAGCUGUUGCUAGAACUGGCUUCUGUGAUGUCUACAACUUCAGUUGAAGGUGUAGAACUGGUAAAGUAAAUAGGAAAUAUAUCUGAGGUGCCAGGCUGUGCCCCCGACUCUCCUUCUGAAUGUAUUUUUUUUCAAUUCUCUUGUCAGUUGAUUUGUCCUGUGGUGCGGUGUGUUGCCAAUCUGCUUGCAGAAGAUGAAGUGGGCGAUGGUGAACUUGUAGAACAGGAAGAGAGACUUCUAAGGGCCUUGUUUGAAUUCAUACAGUACUUUGUCUCCGAACACCUCUUCAUUGCCCAGGAGUGUCUGUGGCUCAUCAACAACCUGACAGGUAUGUCCUGGCACACAGUUAGCACUAGAUGACAAACCAAGUGGUACUGCUGCCUUUCCUUUCCUUUCCUUUGUUAUCUAUUGGAGUCUUCUAAUUGGGCAAAGAAUAUUGACCUUGAUAGUACUAAGGCUGGGUAGAUCUCAACAGUUAGAAUAAAUUGAUGAGAUUAGCAUUUUCUUUUACAGCCUAAUAAUUUACUUAAUAAGGGGGGGGGGACCUUUUCGGCUCCACAAGCCAGAUUCUUAUCAGGAUUAGUAGGUGGGGCUGCCUGCUUGUCAAUCACAGGACAUCACAAUGAUAUCAUGUGCAAGGUGCUGCUAAAAAUAAGAUGCUUCCCCCCAUCGUUUUAGCAGGCUUGUAUGGAAUCACCUGCUAAAACAAUGUGAAAAACACCCCUUUAGCAGGAGAUUCUGAUGCAUACCCCCUUAUGAUACGUGAAGGGGGUUGCAUGGAAUCCUCUGCUAAACCCUGGGUGGGGGUUGUAGGUGGGUGUCCAUUUUAGCAGGUGAUUGCAGUGCAAACACCAUCCUGAAUCAGGGUUUGCAUUGAAUCCUGCCAGACUGAAAAGAUCUAACCCCUGCUCCUAAGCUGAUGUCUGGGGCUUAAAUUCUUCAGGAUUUAAACCUGCCUGCACACCCAUUUAAAGUCACCUAAUAACAUUGUUGUCUAGGUGGCAUACAGCAGAAGGUAUUAUUAAAAGUUUCCAGUACAGAGAGGUUUUCAGGCAGACAAUAUGAUUUGUGAGAUCUAGUAUCCUUGCACCAUGCAGCAAAAAACUAGGGUGACUUGCUCAUGCAUCCUAGGCUUUUCUCCUUUGGGGCUGGGAAAGACUAGAUCCAGUAGUUAAAGCCUGUUUUAGCUGCCUACUGUAAACAUGCUGAAAGUUUCCUCUGCAGAUGACUCUUCCAGGUAGCUCACUUUUUCUCUGUUGAACAGAAUGCCAAUAGGGAUUGAGAUUUUUCUUUCUUUCCCCAGCUGACAGCAUCAGAUCAUGCUCUGCUUUGCUCAACCCAGACCUCUUUACAUCUCUACUGAAACUCUUGAGCUACGAGAGGCUGAGCUUGCUGGUAGGUUACAGUAUUGAUCUGGGUUGAGGAUGGAUUUCCUCCCCUCUAUGAACACCAGAGAAUUUGAAACUGGAUAUUGACUUCGUGCAGUUUUGGGAAAGGUGACUUUUGGCAAUUAGGGCUGCCUUUUAAUACUGUUUGGUAUUGGUAGAGAGCCUCACCAAAAUCAGCCAUACUAGGAAGUAUCUAUUGGGAACUCCCUAGUGCAGCUGAUUGGCUUUUAGUGUUCAUCAGCUGAUGGGUGCUGAGAGCCAUCCCUUUGAAGUAUGUUGUGUUCAAAUUGCUUGCAGAUGGACGCCUAAGGGGAUGGCUCUUAACAGCCAUUUCAGCCACCGAUGUGAAACUGGCAAUCUGUCUUUUUAAAUUAUUCUUACUUUAUUAUUUGUUCAAUUUGUAUACCAUCCUUCAUCCUUAGAUCUCAAAGUGGUUCACAACAUAAAAAUAGGAGAGAAAAAUGCAAAAUACAUAAUAAAAACAAGGGAAAAAAUACCACAAACCAAAUGCAAUAACCUCCCUCCCCUCUCCCAUAAACACAUUUAAAAGGGUAUUUAGUAGAAUCAAAAUACUAAUUUAUAAAUACUGGAUUUGUCAAUGGCGAUGAGAUUCAUUCUGUACUUAAAAUUCUUCUUAGCACAACUUUUAUUUGCUGUUUGGUCAGUUUUUGUCUUUUGGUUCUGUAAUACACCAGUUUUCCAAGGGGUUUUAGAGGCUAGGGAGUUUAUUUAAUUUAUAUACUGCCUUUCCCCUCAAAGGGAGGAAGCAUUCUAAAAGCAAUUAAGCAUUUUCUCAGCCAGUGAUUUCAAGGUUUGCCAGGAGCAGUAUCUUUCAGCCAUCAAAAGCUUGGCUAAACAGUAAUGUUUUUAAACUCUUCCUGAAUGUCAAUGGUGAGGGAGACAAAUGCACUUCACCAGGAACAGGUCAAUGCCAGCUAGGCAGCCCUCAUCUGCUGAUUGUAGGGUCCAAGGUGGUUGGUACUGGGGAAGGUAGUUGGGUCCCAAGCCAUGCUAGUAUUCCUCAGGGUUCCACUAGCUAUGUGGAAACCUUCAUUUUGCUUGAGGGUGCCCUUCUUGCUUCCAGCCCAGUUGAAAUUAAGAGAGAUGCAUCAGCUAAGGGAACUGAGCAGGCUACAUAUACUGAGCACCAGUUCAACAAUAUAGGAAGUUCUAGGUAUGUCACUAGCUGGUACAACUUCCUGAAUCUUCAAAGAGGAGGCAGUGAAAAGCAAACAGGCAAGCAAUCAGUGCCAGAUAUUUAAGGCCACAGAAGUUCCUUGAUACUACUGUAAAGAUUAGAGUGGCAGAAUCCUAACCUUAGCCUUUUGGUGUCGUCUUCAGGUUCUGACAGUGCUGUGCAACAUAGCUGCUAAGGGCUCUGCCUACUGCCAGGCACAGCAUCAGAAGGCUGUACUCUUCCCCCUCAUUAGCAUCCUUGCCCUUCCUGAUGACAAAGUCGUGGCUCAAGAUCUUGAACUACUGCAUCUCCUCUUCCAUCAUUGGCCAGAGGUAUUUGGCUAUCUGUUGUUCCUGUAUUUUCUGAAGGCUCAAGAGUCAUGAGCAAGCUCAGAACUAACUUUGGUCUUCUCUUUUGCCCCAGGCUGCCGCUGAUUUUGUAGGUCAGUCAGGACUACAGGCCCUAGAGCAGCAUCAGGAUAAACUACAGCUGCAAGAACGGGUCAAAGUGCUCAUUUGGACUGCCAAAGAGCUGACCGCUCUCCCCCAGAAUUGUCCCCUUCGUGCUUCAGCUGAAAAUCUACCGUCUACUUCCUUACAAAGUUGACAGUGAUACAUACAAAGCAGCCAUGCUGGCUUGUUACUAACAAGCCUGUGAACAGAACACUUUCUUGUUUUUCUGAAGAGUGGUAAAAGUAAAUAUCCCUGGCACUUCUAGAGAAGCCUUAUUCUGUGAUGUUUACUGUUCUCUAAACUGUUCUUUAGCCUACCACUGGUUGUGCAAAGAUUAACAAUAGUGAAAAGAAUCAACUUACAGGGGACUAUCUUGGCUUAAACAAGAUACUUAAGCUUUAUUUUCUAAGUUGAAUUCUUUUUUAUGCAAGUUACACAUAGAAGUGAUCUACAUCUGGAAUUAGACUCAAAUUCAGUUGCCAUUUGUUUUCCUUAUGCUUUGCUGUUAACAACAUUCUCCAAGGCUUUGGCAACUUGGUCCAUGUUUAGGUUAUUCAGUGGUACACUCUUCUCUCUGCCAAAUGCUGAGGAAAACACAAGAGUUGGGUGAAAGGCAUAUACCAUGGAUGGUUUUCAUUUGAAGAAAUGAUUUCAGACACUUUGAUCGAGCCACCAUGUGUUUGCAACCUACACUGCUAACAGCUCCCUUUAGACAUGCCCUGCUUUACUAUACACAGAUGUAAAUGUAGGUACAGCAAUAAAACUCAGGAAAUGCAUACACAUAGCAGCCUCACUUUCCUACAAUUUCACUGACAAGCAGUGUUAGGAAACAAAACGCCCUGCACAGACAAUGCAUGAUACAGGGAUUUCUACUUUCAGGAAGCUACUACAUUAAAAACUGAAAUGCAGUGCCCAAGGGGGAUGUGUUCCACCUAUAACCUGAAUUGCUUUUGGAUGCACUAGCACAGACUUGGUGAAAACAAAUGCUUUUCAGAAGAGCCGACAUUCACUUCUGCUUCAGGGGUGGGGAACAGGAUUUGGCCAGCAGGUCCAUCCUUAGCUCCCCCACUUCGUGGACUACCCAGUUGACAUCAAAGCUGCCACAUCAGAUAAAGCUAGAAGAAAGGUUUUCACUAUCACCUCAGUCCUCAGCUACUUUAGCUAUUGGGAACUCUAGUCUGCUGUAGGACUCACUCUAUGUCAGUUAAAGCAUAUGAUUCCAUGCCACUAUUCUCUAUUUAGAUGUAUCUGGCAAAGUACUAGUAAAGAGGCCUCAUGGUUCCAGUUAUCAGAAAUAUUAAGUCAGGGGCCUGAGCCUUAAUCAAGUCAAGACUAGCUAAGUUUACUUUAAAACUUUAAAGCUGUUGAAUUUUUUCAGCAGCUCCUAAACUUAAGUACCUAUUUUGGAAGAAAAUGAGUGGGAUAAGUGUUGAAACAAGAGCCCUUGGGGGGGGGGGGCGGAGAGGGAGAUAAUUCAUUAUUUGCCAUAGGCCAUGUGCUCAAUUAAGUUUCCUCUCUGGCAGCCACAGACCAUUUCUAUCCACUCUCUUGUCUUAAGUUUAUCCAUUUUUCUCUUGAUCCCUUCUGCAUUACAGAGAUGCAGCAAUUUCCUUGUCCAACGAAAGCAGCUCUCGUGAACAAAAAAAUUCUAACUCGAUUUUUAAAAAACACUUCUUGUUUAAAAAUUCUAAAAGGUAAACCCAGGGGGGAAAGCACCCUGGGGACACAUAUUUCUAUCAGAAGCUCUUCAUGUAAGCUACUAGCCAACAUUUGAAAAAACUGCCAAGGUUUCUGUUGUCUGUCAAUGGAAAUGUUUUCCAGCACAAUCUAUUUGUUUAGGAGAGAAAACAUUAUAGAGCAGAUUUAGAGCAGUUGUGGGGAGAAAGUGCAAGUGGCCUACAGGGCUGGAGUUGUCCGAGAAGUGUUUGCUAGUGGCCUUCAACAAUAAAAUCCCGGCAGGGCUGAAAAGCUUUAUUCCUCAAGGAAAGGCUAAUAUUUGAACUACCUAACACAUUAUUUCUACCUAAUUGUAUAGCAAACUUGUAACAUACAUCCCCCUGCCAAACUCACCAUAUCUAGCCCAGAGCUUGGGUUGCACAUCUGAGCACUCUCUGAUCAGGAUAGGGAAAUCUGGAUUUGCUUUCUUUAAAGUCACAUAAUGUUGUUUAAUGAAAUCUCUGCAAAGAAGAAGCAAACACACCAGCAUGCAUUAGGCUGAGGGUCUUCUACACUUUCAUGAAAAGUCAGUAGGAUACAGAUAGUGGCUUUCAAGUGCCAAACAUUCAGAGAAUAUUUCCUAUAUUUAUCUGGAGCACAGGGUUUUGGGGACAUGUUCUAGGGGUCUUGCCAUUUUUGAAACAACUGGGUGUGCUCCAAACACAUCCAACAAAAUUCCAGAGUUGUAGUGGUAAGUACACUGUAUUUCAGAGCAGCUUGUCCAACAUUACAAAUUUCUUUAAAACCCAGUUUCCCAUGAACACAGUUUAAAAAACUGAGCUAAAGCUCAGCAAGGCGUGAAGAAAACAAUAUGACUAGUACAGUCAAACCUCAGUUGUUGAACGUAAUCUGUUCUGGAAGCUUGUUCAGCUUCUGAAAUGUUCAACAACCGAGGUGCGGCUUCCGAUUGGUUGCAAAAGCAUCCUGCACUCAAGCGGAAGCCUCAUCGGACGUUCAGCUUCCAAAAAAGUUUGAAAACUGGAGCGUUUACUUUUAGGUUUUCGGCUUUGGGAGCCAAAAUGUUUGAAAACGGAGCCAUUCAGGAACCAAGGUUUGACUGUAUAUCACUUUUUUCCUACAAUUUUCCCAGUAGCCAAAAAGAGGUUAAUAUAAUCCAGUAAUGUUCAGUAUAUCCUGAGGAUACCAGAUGUGUUUAAGCUUUAGCCAACUUUUUCAGUGGCAUAUACUGUAUAUAAAACGAUAACUAGAACAGCACUGGACUUGGCUUUGUGGCUUCUCUGCUCAGCUGGUUAUAAAUAAAGCAUUCAAGGUGGGUUGACCUAUUGGAUACAGUGGUACCUCGGGUUUCAUACACUUCAGGUUACAGACUCCACUAACCCAGAAAUAGUGCUUCAGGUUAAGAACUUUGCUUCAGGAUGAGAACAGAAAUCGUGCUCCGGCAGCGCGGCAGCAGCAGGAGGCCCCAUUAGCUAAAGUGGUGCUUCAGGUUAAGAACAGUUUCAGGUUAAAUACGGACCUCUGGAACGAAUUAAGUACUUAACCUGAGGUACCACUGUACAUCCAAAUCAAAUUAUCAUAAUCUGUGUUAAGACACCCACAGCACCUUUGUCAAGAUAGGAGUAUUUAUUGGAACCUCAUUUUUUACUCUUCCCGCCCCCCUCCCCAAAAGCACGAGUUGGCCUUGUAAAGGUAUUGCUUCUAAUAUUAUUAUUAGCUGAUUAACAUCCUUUAUCAUUUAAAAUGUGGGGGUUAUUUGAAUGGUUUUUGUUCUCGUUUUAUUAAAUAUUUUGUGUUUUUAUCUUUUACUUUUGUGUUGUGAACUACCCUGUUAUCCAUAUAUAAAGGGUGGUAUACAAAUUU